AAUUUUUUUCCUAAUCUGCAGAAAAUUUUUCAGAAGUAUUGAAUUAUGGGUCUCCUCACUGACCCUGGCAUGGAAGGUGGAUGGCUGAGCAAUGUUUUGCUGGCUCAUGAGAAGAUUUUAUCUGUGCUGCUGUACUGCGUUGGGGCAAUUUGGUUCCUGGCUCUUGCUCACAACUCCAUGAACCAUGAAACCUAUUUCUCAGAAAAUGCACUUCUUCCUGGACUGGUUCAUGGGGAGUUUAUGGGAGAAGCUAAAGCCAACAGGUUCUUGCAGGAGCUGAACAAAGAGACGGAGAAGUACCCUAGCACCAUGCCACAUGCUUGGCUGCAGGCAAAGAUGACGCAGCUUGGUCUGGAUACUUACACCCACAACUUCACUCUCCACUACCCAAUGGCUGCCAAUAAGAGCUUCACCGGCAACAACGUGUACGGCAUACUGCGUGCUGUGCGUGGCAGCAGCUCAGAGAGCAUCGUGCUCAGCGCCCCAUACCGCGCGCCGCGGUCACCGCAUCUCGGCAACGCCCCAGCCAUCGCCCUCAUGCUUGCUCUUGCGCACUUUUUCUCUGAACAACUGUACUGGGCCAAAGACAUCAUUUUCCUGGUGACAGAACACGAGCAGCUGGGCAUGGAAGCCUGGCUGCAGAGCUACCACGGCUCUCUGCCGCAGUCUCCGCCUGUCCUCGACUUCGGAAAACUUAUCGCCAGAGCGGGACCCAUCCAGGCGGCAGUCAACUUGGAGAUCCCGGAAAGUUUUGUGUCUCACGUGGACAUUCGCUACGAGGGCCUCAACGGCCAGCUGCCCAACCUGGACCUGGUGAACCUGCUGCACCGCCUCUGCCACAGGGAGAGCGUCGAGCACACCGUCAGGAACAGGGCUGAUCACCGCAAGCCCGACACAGCGUCGGGGUGGCUGCACCAGCUCCACACGCUCCUCAGCUCCAUCGCCACGCAGGCCACGGGAGUCCCCAGCGGCAACCAUGGCCUCUUCCAUCGGUACGGCAUCUCGGCCGUGACGGUUUCCGGAGAGCGCGUGGGGCGCGCCGGGGGCAGAAGGGCCACGCUACUGCACCUCGGCCGCGUGCUAGAAGGCACCUGCCGCUCUUUAAACAAUCUCCUCGAGAGGUUCCAUCAGAGCUUCUUCUUCUACCUCCUGCCCGCCACCUCGCGCUACAUCUCCAUAGGCGUGUACAUGCCAGCGUUUGGGGCGAUGGGCUCAUGCCUGUUGCUGGGCGCGCUGUCGCUGUGGUGCAGCUCCUGCUUGCGCCUGCAGCUCCUACAGGCGGAGCAGCCUGCCUCCGACCAACCCGACGAGAAAGAGUCAAGCGAAACUCAGAGUGACGAGAAGCUAACCGAAACACGCGAGCAAACUAAUGCAGCGAUACCAGAUACAAGCAGCACACCCGUCACUGAUAGUGGCACGCAGAGUUUGGUGUCGCUUGCGUGCGUGGCAUUGGUGUGCCACAGCGCAGGUGCCGUGGCGAGCUGGUGGCCCACGGUGGCGUCCAGGACGGGCGCCGUGGUGGCGCUGCACGCCGACGACAGCGUCGCUCUCGGCAGCCUGGCGCUUGCGCUUGUACUCCUGCGCCUGCCGUCCGCGCUUACCCGGAGCAUAACAGGUUGCAGCUGGCAGGUGGUGAAGUGUGCCGUGCAGCUGGAGCUCGCAGUGAUCGUCUUCGCGGGGUCGCUGCUCAACUUCAGCCUCGCCCUCAUCGUGACCGCCGUCUACGCUCCCGUCGUCAUCGCGGUCGCCCCCACCAGCUCCAGACUUGUUCGCUGGUUGAAAUGUCUGCUGCUGCUGGCGAUCCACCCGCUGACGCUGACGGCCACAUUUGCGUCAGUAGACGCAGUGCUGAACUUCCCCAACGAGCCGCCCCUGGCGCUACUAAUGCGCUGUGUGACGGUGAGCAAGAGGGCGCUCAUGUACAGCGUCGUGGACUCGUACGUCUACGGCAACUGGGUGUACCCAGCGGCGUGCUGGUGCCUCUUGCCCGUGUGGCUCUUGCUGUGGCACGUCCAGCUCAGCGCCCCGCUCCCGCCAAUCACCAAGCCAUAAGUGAUACCGCGUGCGAGUCACUGGACUCGAGUUCCUUUCUGUAUUUGGAAGGCUGUCACUUUAGGUUUAAUGAUGACUUGAAGUCUUCUAAAUCACUUUAAUUCGAGCUACAAAAACUAUGUAUUAAGGGAACAAAGUAUAUGCCAAGUAGGCUCGCUGCCACGAGAUUGAACUAUGAAGGUGGAAACAGUAAAGGUAGAAAACGCUCAAUCUAGAACAGUUGUGAUACAGUUAUGCUAUGCCCACAAGUUUUGGAAAUAUGUUUUAAACUCACCUCAUUAAAUGAAAUAAUUUCCAGAUAAUGUACUAGUAUUUACUCAAUUCAGUAGAAAUUACUAUUUACGAAUAUUUUGUUUUGUUAAUUCAACAAUACUUUCCUAAUUGAUUUUUGAUACUUGAUUGAUUAUUCCGUAUUCACUCAAAGAUUUGUGUUUUAUUGUUGACGAGAGAUCAUGAUAUUUUUAUACAUGUGUGAUUCAAGAUUCAUCACACCAAGAUCUCGCAUAUUUACGUUACCAUCUGCCUGCGGAUUAUUACUCUUGCGGGCCUCGUUAAAUGACACCCAGGAUUUGGACGUCAGGUGACUUGAAUGCGUUUUUUAUGAUCACCUCGAAAACAUGCGGCUUCAGAUAAGGCUAUUUUCAAGUGACUGUAGUGAAUUUUCCUGUAUAUCUUACGAGGCUUGUAAUGUUUUUUUUUUUACUGCUGCACUAGAUAGUAAAAGUUCUGUUAUUCGUGUCUGAUCAAAAGACGUUCAGAUCAGCCAUCUAUGACGGCUGUCAACUCUCUCCAGCCCGCAGUGAAUAACUUACUGCGUAUUUGUUAUAAUUUAACUAGUCUGUUGGUAAUUAUAUUAAAAGGUAUGCAAUAGGAAAGUAUAUGUACUUUUAAAAGUACCUAUAUAUGUACUUUUUUGUUUGUACUUCUUAUUUAUUUAGUUCGGUAAGUUUCAUAUUAGCUCAUUGUGCGAUAACUUGGGAUUAGAAUUUAUACUUGUUCGCAUUUAACGUAUUAACAUCAUGUCUCCUUGUGCAGCUACUAUGAAUUAUAAUUAAUAAACACAAAAACACAAGGCUGCACCAAAAACUCAUUACAAAAUUUUCAAGUGUGCUGCUUGUUCUGUACUCUAGACGAUGUGUGAUGUAGUGCACUAUUCAAGCGUAGUUUGAUGGCAUAUCGUGUCAUAAAUGACGCAUCUUUAAUUUAAUUUUUAAGGUUGACUUACAUGUUACAAAAAUUUACAAUUUUCUAUUAGUUCAUACAAUUUUUUUAAUGUCAAUUUCCAUGUGAUUCAGAGUAAUAGUGGCGCUCAAAACAAUUUGAUUUUUUGGAAUAUUUCGGGGUUCAAUGGCUAUUGGUAAGUCAUAAGGCGUUAUAGUGUUUAACCUUGGAAAUUGUUCUGUUCUACCCGUUGUGUAGUUCUGCUUCAGAAUUAUUAACAGGACCCAAAUACGGAAAACAACAAUUCACACAAAAUUUUAAUGCUUUAGAACUCUACGUACACACAUUUUUUAUAAACUGGUAUGAAUUCACUCGGCAUUCCGUGCAACUGCUUUUAUCUCUUUGUUAGUCUUUACUUUAUAGUGCCCUGAUUUAGUGUUAAUGUGUAUAUAAUAUUAUGUAUAUAUUGUAUAUGAUCUCAAAAGUGCUACAUGAACCACGUUGAGUGUUUCUCGUUUAGUCACAAGUGGUUUAAGUUUUUAUCUCCAUAGAUGUGCCCUAGGAUGAUAACCUUAGACAUUUCUACAAGAUACUUGAAGAACCGAACUGUGACAAAUGUUCAACGGUUUCCAAAUGAACUUGAAAUGUC